AUGACGGAUUCUGUGGUCGUGGAGGGAUAUGCCAGACUCAGAGACGGGAAAAAGUGGAAAACUAGGUGGAUCGUUCUUCGCAAACCAUCGCCCGUAGCAGAUUGCCUGGUGCUGCUAGUUCAUAAAGACAGGAGUGAGCGCGCCCAGGGGAGCAGAGAGAGGCUCUGUGUGACUCUGGAGCAGAUCUGUGGAGUGGAGACAGGACAGUGCUUUGAGGGCUCAGCCUUCACUCUCUCCAUCUUGUGUCUGAACCAGAGUGUUCUUCUGGGCUUUGACUCGAGAGACGCGCUGCUGUGCUGGGAGGCCCGGCUCCGAUACAGCCUGGGGGAAGUUCACAGGUUCUGUGUGGCUGUUUUACCUGGGACCAAGUUGGAGACGGGACCCGCCACUCUUCACCUGUGCAACACCCUGCUGGCUCUGGCUCGGGACGUCCCCCCGGUCAUCAUCGGUCACUGGAACCUGCCUGACCUGCGCCGCUAUGGACCAGUGCCCAACGGCUUUGUGUUUGAGGGAGGCACCCGCUGUGGAUACUGGGCCGGCGUGUUCCUGCUGGCGUCUGGUGAAAGCGAACAAAUCAGUUUCCUGUUCGACUGCGUGGUCCGUGGCGUCUCUCCCACCAGAGGCCCCUUUGGACUCCGGCCAGUUCUGCCCGAGCUCAAUCUGAAUCAGUCCAAUUCUGAAGAGAAGUUGAACCAUGAAACGCAGGAGCUGGAGAAGCGCCUCAGCAUGCUGUCUCACCGGAACAGCUCAAUCUCGUCGGCAUCGUGCCCGUCCGCUGGAGGAGAUGACCGCAGUAUUUCUGGUUCCUCCGACACCUCGGACACCAGUCAGUCUGACUGCAGUGUCGGCAGUCGGCUGGUGAUAUGGAGCGACCCAGCACCCACCGAACACUCUGCACAACUCAGUACAAAGAGCCCUCCUCACAGCAUGGAGAAGCUGUGUGUGAGCCCUGGAGCGGCCAGUGGCCCUGCGCUGAAGGCCCCGCGGCAGCUGCAGGAGAUCGGGAGGCAGAGCUCUUCUGACAGCGGCAUCGCCACAGGCAGCCACUCCUCCUACUCCGGGAGCUUCUCCUCCUACACAAGCAGCCUGGACAUUCAGUCCACUGAGGACUACUGCUCUGUGUUCACACUGCCCCCACACUUAAGCCAAGAUCUGACCCCCUGCAGCUGUCCGACUGCCCUCGGACACGACUACCAGGUGUCCAACUCAGUGCGCUACCUGUACGACACGCCCCGCAGCCUUCUGCAGGACACUGUGGACAAGAGACUGGGCACCAGUGUGGACACCAGUGUGGACACCAGUGUGGACAAGAGACUGGGCACCAGUGUGGGCACCAGUGUGGGCACCAGUGUGGACACCAGUGUGGACAAGAGACUGGGCACCAGUGUGGACACCAGUGUGGACACCAGUGUGGACAAGAGACUGGGCACCAGUGUGGGCACCAGUGUGGGCACCAGUGUGGACACCAGUGUGGACAAGAGACUGGGCACCAGUGUGGACACCAGUGAGGGCACCAGUGUGGACACCAGCCCAGACAGUGCGUGUUCAGAGCUGAGCCAGGACCGGCCCACAGAGCCCAGUCAAACUUCUGACCAGAGCCUGGCCGUAGCAGAUGCUACAACACUGGACAGUACAGCAGAGAGUCUGGCAGUGACUGAACAAACAGAGCAGGGUGACAAAAACAGUGCAGCGCCCUCUAGUGACAGCCUGCACCCUGACACGUGUCACAUCUGCAGCGCCAUCACACCCUUCUGCAAAACCAUCGUCACCAUCUGCUCCUCGUGCGGCGGGUAUAAGGCGUCACCUUGCAUUCCUCCAAGUGGGACAUCCACACACGCUGUACCAGAAAAACGUCCCUUUGGUAAAGACGAGCGGCGCAGAGCUGAUUACGAGGUUAUGGAAGGUCGAACACCAGAGGCAGAGGAGAAAAGCAAGUACGAGUUAAUGGGCAGCUGUGGCCAUCAGAGGCUUCUCCAGGAGACCGACGGGAGUGUGUUUGUUUUCCCUCCUGAUGCAGUCGCAGCAGACAGACUUCGCUGGGACGCAGUGACGUACGUGAACAUCCCUGUGAGUCCCACGUCCAAGAAGCUGCUCAACUACAUGGAGCUGGAGCUGCAGGAGAUCAGCCCCGGGCCCAGAGGGACUGGCCCCCACCUGCCCCCUCAGAAAAAAAGCUCCACUAAAUAUGCUCAGAUUGACAUCACAGCAACAGAGACGGCUCACAAAGUGGGCACCCAGCAUGCACUGGGGCGUCAGGAGGGACUGCUCACGCUGGAGUUGAGACGAAAGGCGACGCCACACUGA